AUGCGGCCCCUUGUCCUGUCACGCGGGAUAGCGCCUCCAUGCCGCGCUCCACCAUGGAAACCGCAGCAGCGCAAGCAACUUUCGUCUCUGGCGUCGGUCCUAUUCCUUCUCGGCGUCCUGUGCCUCCUAGCAGCAUCGCUCAUCGCAGCCGCGGCAACUGGUGCUUCCCAUAAGCCGACAGGGAAGAGACAGACAACCGAGCUUCUCGCGCAUGUGACCUUCGCCAGCUGCAAUCGCCAGAGCCACGACCAGUCCUUCUGGAUGAAGACCAUCGCCUCGACGAUUGCUGCGCAGUGUGCGAGAGGCGGUGGCAACAGCAGCAAGCCCCACACAGACCUCCUUCUGUGGCUCGGCAACGCUCUCUACGCAGACGUCGAUGAGGCUGGCGUGGCCGUGAGCGUUGCGCGCCCUUCACACGCCAUCGAGCAGGAAUACAAGCUCCUCACCGAAAAUCCGCGCUACCGCGAGUUUGUCAAGGAAGUUGUUGGCAUGGACGGGCGUGUGAUUGGCAUCUGGGACGACCGUGACCUUGGCCUGCGCGGCGCGGACGGCAGCUACGCUCAGUCAGAGGACAUUCGACGCCUGUACCUAGGAUAUAUAUGGAAGGGGUAUCCACUCGCCGUAAAGGACGCCACUGGCGAUGGCACUCCUGGAGCGCUCUAUUCCUUCACCGGGAUUCCUGCCCCCGCCGGCUCGCCGCUCGCCGCCCUUUUCGUCCACAGUGUGUGCACAAUAACGCUUGACGUUCGAACGCAGCGGACGGUGCCGCCGAAUCUGGCAGAUGUGCUGCUGCGCCGCAACGAGGAGGCCGACCUGCGCCUUCACGGUCGUAAGGAGACUUCGUUCGAUGUUAAUCUGGCGAAGAUCCGCGACGCGCGUGCGCAGGUGCUGAAGGCAGACCUGCUCGGGGAACGGCAGUGGGCGUGGCUGGAGCGCACAUUCGCCACUUACCUGGAGCCGACUGUGCGCAGCCCCGGAGAUGCGGCGGGCCGCGCGCACUGCGCCGUCACUCUCAUCGCAUCGCCGUGGCAAAUUCUGCUGAAUGACAACAAGCCCUUCGAGGGAUGGGACCUCUACCCCGCCUCUCGCAGCCGUCUGCUCCUCCUCCUAAAGAAGUACCAUGUCGAGCGCUUUAUCUUCUUGUCUGGGCACGCAGAGCUCGGCGAGCUCGGUGUGAUGCGGCGGUCAUCAAAGGAAGACACUCGCUCUGAAGCCCCGACAGCAACCCUCACGGACAGCUUCCUGCAAGAGCGGCGGACGCUGCCGGCGGCGAAGCUUCUACCAUCGCGGCGGUCGAACCUCGUGGAGGUGACGAGCAGUGGCCUCACUCACACGGUGCGCGAGGCACCCUUGGUCGGGUGGCUGACGCGUUGGCUCAUCACCUCGCGGGUGGAAGAGGAGACAAAGAGCAGCGGCUUGAUCAAGCGGCCUCUCUUUCUGAGUCGCACCACGACGAUGGAGCGGCAGUUCGGAACGCUGCAAGUGAUUGGGGACCGAAUGGCGGAGCCGAGGCACGCCAGCGCAGCAACAGCCUCACGCGAGGAGGUGCUUGCCCGGACGAGAGUGCUCAUCACCCUCCACAGCGUGCAGCGGGCUGGCGCGCCCCUCGUGACACUGGAGCGCACGCUGGCGAAUUUGCCGUCCUACGCAGCGGAGUCGCUGGAGGAGGAGGAGGAAAAGGAUGCAGUGAAGGCGAUGGACCUCUACGAUGUCGUUCAUCUUCCCAUCUUUAACGUGUACAGCUCCCCUGGGGACUAUCCGUGGCUGAAGCGGCGUAUAGCAGAGUGGCAGUGUGCGGAAGUGCCCUGUGUCAAUGGUCAGGUUUUUAUGCUGCUGAAGCUGAUAGCGAACCUGGUGCUCGCCUUUGCCAUCGUCCUGGUGUUCAUUGCUGCCGUCUAUUACUACCAACUAAAGCAUCCCGACGCGCACGAGGAGAACGUCACGAAGCUGAAGCAGGACUAG